ACAUUCUGCUAAUAGUGUCUCUAGUUUAUCUUGAAUAUUUUCUCGAAAAUUGGUGCCCCGCUCCAUUUCCAUAUCUCUGAAGAACCAAUCACUUCCGAAGAAAUGGCAGUUGAACCACCGCCAUUGCGUUAGCAACGCAUCAUUUUUGUUUCACAAACAAAUCGUUCACUUGUCAGUUGUGGGGAUGAUCGGAAUGCGUUUGGGUUGAAAUUUCUACAAUUCGGAUUCUAAAAGUUAUCAGUGAAAAACCGAUAAAUCUGCCUGGCUUCAAAAUUCAUGUUUUCGGAAUGGAUUUGAAAGACCCGGAGGUGAUGCAGAUCAUUCUGAAGGCUAUGGCAGAGGGAAAUGGGGAACUUAAAAUGGAAGAAAAGCAGUCGAAGGAGGAGAUGGAGUACGUCGAGAGAACUGAGGAUUUUGCUAAGUUGAUUCAGUAUGGACUCGAUGAAAAAGUGGCUGCUAAAUUAGAUGAAAUUUAUAAAACUGGAAAAUUGGCUCACGUUGAUUUGGAUGAGAGAGCCCUCGAUGCCCUUAGAGAAUUUCCUGUUGAGGGGGCACUUAGUGUUCUUACUCAAUUUUUGGAGUCUAAUCUUGAGCAUGUUUCUAAUAAAUCGGCGUAUCUCUGUGGUGUCAUGAAGACUUACAGACAAAAAAGCAGGGCAGGACAGGGCACAGGCACCAGUACAACGCCCAAAGCACCAGAUGAAGACAAAAUUAAGAUGAUACUUGAGAGAACUGGAUACCCACUGGACGUAACAACUGGACAACGAAAAUACGGUGGACCACCCCCAGGUUGGGAGGGCCCCACACCAGGGAAUGGUUGUGAGGUGUUCUGUGGAAAAAUUCCUAAAGACAUGUAUGAAGACGAGCUGAUCCCACUAUUCGAGAAAUGCGGAAAAAUCUGGGAUUUGAGGCUCAUGAUGGACCCCAUGUCUGGCACCAACCGGGGAUACGCUUUCAUAACAUUUACCAAUCGAGAAGCGGCGCAACAAGCAGUGAGAGAGCUCGAUAAUUACGAAAUAAAACCCGGCAAGUGUCUGAAAGUAAACAUUAGCGUUCCUAAUCUACGACUUUUCGUCGGGAACAUACCAAAGUCAAAAGGCAAAGAGGAGAUCUUGGAGGAAUUCGGUAAUUUAACAGCCGGCCUGACCGAGGUGAUUAUCUACAGCUCGCCGGAUGACAAAAAGAAGAACCGAGGAUUCUGCUUUCUCGAGUAUGAAUCCCAUAAAGCAGCAUCAUUGGCGAAAAGAAGACUCAGCACAGGUCGUAUCAAGGUCUGGGGCUGUGAUAUCAUAGUUGACUGGGCUGAUCCCCAGGAGGAACCUGAUGAACAGACAAUGGCUAAAGUUCGAGUUCUCUAUGUAAGAAAUUUGACUCAAGAUUGCUCGGAGGAGAAACUGAAGGAGUGCUUCGAGCAGUUCGGCAAAAUCGAUAGGGUGAAGAAGAUCAAGGAUUAUGCAUUUGUACAUUUUGAAGACAGAGACUGUGCAGUCAAGGCAAUGCGUGAACUUAACGGCAAGGAGAUUGGGGGAUCACAUAUAGAAGUGGCUCUUGCAAAGCCCCCCUUCGACAAGAAGAAGAAAGAAGACAUGCUCAGGGCUAGGGAACGAAGAAUGAUGCAAAUGCUGCAAGGACGUGGCGGGGGCUCUCCGUCACAUCCCAGCAUGAUUGGCGGACCCAUGCCGGUCCGUGGAUCUGGUAGCCAAGGUCCACGUGGUACUGGAGCGGGAAUGAGACCACCCAUGGGCCGCGGGGAUUUCACCAUCAAGGAAAUAGAUUAUGAUUACGAGUAUUACGGUUAUGGGGAUUAUCGAGGUGGCUACAGUGAUCCAUAUUAUGAUGACUAUUAUCGAUACGAAGAUUACUAUUUCGAUUAUGCGCCGCCUCCGCCGCCUGCCAGAGGGAGAGGCAGGCAGCCUCAACCGGCUGGUCGUGGCCGUGGACUGGUGGCCCGUGGCCGAGUAGUCGGUGGCCCCCAAGCCCGUGGCCCAGUCAGGGGGGGACGCAACCCCGCAACAUCAGGGGCCCGUGGGGCCCAGCGGCCAGCCGUUCGUGGGGGGGUCCGCGCCAAGGGAAGUUUACCAGGUGAGGAUGCAGGUAAGCGAAAAUUUGACGGGGGUCACCAGAACCAGGGGGAAUCUAAACGUCGCUUCCAGAGCAGCUGGGGAAACCAGCCCCUCGCCCAACAACCGCUGGGCAAUACGUACGGAUUAGCGAGUGUUAACGGUGGCGGUGGUGGUGGUGGUGGUGGCAGUGGUAGCGGUAUCGUUGGCAGUGGUGUUGGUUUUGUUGACAGAACAACUGGUCCAACUGGUAGCGAUGAACACGAGUGGUAUCAGGACUCGUACAACUCGUGGAGCUAACUUCCGUCUGACAAUGCAAUGCAAAUCGAUUAAAUCACUAUUUCAAUUCAAAUUAAAAAAAAGAAAUGACAAUUGGUAAAACUGGAUUUUUUACGAGGCCUCCAACACCAUUUAUCGAACGACGUAAAGCUCAAUUCGUGAGUUCAUUUUGCGAUAAAAAAAAAAUAAUAAUAAUAAUCCAUCGGCUAUCGUCGGCUGAACUGUAAUAAUUGUAAAUGUAGAUUUUUCCAGGACUCGAUUUACUGAAUAACAAGCGGAUUAAUGGAAAAAUAAUUAGGGCGCAACGCCGAUGCGGAAGAUGUCUUAUUGUAACUUUUUAUGAUUUAAUUUUUAUUUUUCAAUUUUUUUUCAAUUGCAAUUAUCACCACACCACCGUCAUUCGCGUCGCGCCGAUAUAAUGAAUGAAGUUGUUGUGAUUUUAAUGAUGAAAAAUGUACAGUGAUGUGCCACUGGGACUAGUUAUUAUUACAUCGGAGUGACCACCCAUCCACCCCGUACUAUUAAUUAAUAAUGUUAAUUGUAAUUGUAAUCGUUAAGGUUUAACCACUACUGCAUUGUCACAUUGUUUACUGCCAAGCGAUUGAGUGAUUUUUUUGGGGAAAAAUUGUGGGACUACGUGAGAUUGGAGUUACGAGCGAUUAAAAUUAUUAUGAAAAUUUAGGGGGCUUACGAGUUGAAUGAAAAAAAUAAUUAAAAUUACAAAAAAAAAAUGUUUAUUAUUAUUAGUUCGAGAUGAAUUAGAAAAAUUAACGUUGAAAAAAUUAUGUUUGGAUACUUGUGAUGCUCGUAUUUAAUUAAGUGGUUAUGAGAGUCUGUGGUUGUAACGGCUAUGGCGAGUAGAUUUUUUUUUUUCCUGUUUAAAACGUUUUUUUCUCUUUCAUUGUUUCAUUUUUUUCAUUAAUAAAAGAAUAAUAAAGAAUAAGAAACGAAAAGACUACUCGUAGCGAGGAUAAGUGGCUGGUUGAGGACUGAAAGAUGAUUAAAAAAAAUUGAUAGGAAUGUUUUAGGAUGUGUGUGGCGUAUGUCAAGAGCUUUUGAAAUUUAUAAGAGUGUGUGAGUGGAAAGACAAUUGGGACGAUGGAAUUUCGAUGGUUUUUAGAGCUAGUUGGGGAGAAAAAAAAAUUCUGAAAAAGGGAAAAAAAAUUUGAUUAUUAGUUAAGGAAUUAAUAAAUUCAGAUGUGUGGUAUCCUCCUGUGUGUUCAUGUAUGCGUGAGGAUUGGUAAGCGCCUAGACUUUCUAUUGUUGGUCUAUAAUGUGUACAGUCAGUGAAACUAUUAUUAUUAAGGGUCAGGCAAAAUGAUUGAUCAGGGCGAUCAUUCUGUGUCCCCUGAGUUGAUGGUGUUCUUCAAAAAAAAAAAAUUUUCCAUUUUUUUUUCUUUUUUUUUUGGUUGAGUUUUUUGGAUCAUUGAUUCUGAUGUUAUCCGAAUCAAUGGUAUAAUUGUGAUCGAAUUGGGGGUCGAGAUUAAGACUUAAAUAUUGCUCACGAUAAUGAGACUAAAUUAAAUUGAAGGAAGAGAAGAAAAAUGUGAAUUAUCCCUCGAGGAUAUCCAUUAGUAUAUUAGAAAAAUCAUUCGAUUGAUUCAAUUUAUGAAUUAUUGAUGAGAGAUGAGAAAAAUUUUUAUGAAUAACUCGUAUCUAAAUUCUAUAACUGUAUUUUCUUUACAGCAUUUUUCUACAAAAUGCUAUUUAUCAUCUCCCUCCAGUAAUCAAUUGGAAUAGUUAAUAAUAAUGGAGGUGAGAGUUGAAUUUCUCAUAAUUGAGAUGAUUUUUUAAAAUGGCGUGACUAUUGCGCCGGAAAAAAUUUGCUUUUUUUCUUUCUUUCUUCGUAUUUAGAAAAUACAAUUGACACUCGACUGGCUGCCGAAUUGAUAAUGAUAGUUAACAGAUUCGAUGAAUUGAGAGAUUUGAUAAAUCAUAAUGAUUACGUAGUAGAUCAUAAACGGGAUAAUGCAUGAAACAACACGGGGUAAAACGAUAAUUAAAAAUGUGGAAGGAGAAAAAAAAAGAAAAAAAAUGUGAGAGAGAAAACACACAAGCACACGACUUUUUGAGUGUUGAGACUCGUUGUUAUUGUUAGCCUGUUAGUUAAUUAGUAAGAGUUGUAAGUACGGGUUGUAAGUUGGUCCCUGUCCCUGGAGCCCAGACAUCCCCCCUGUUCUGGAGAUUUAAAUAAUUCAAAUGAAAGAAUGCAAAUUAACACGAUGAAAAAUAUCUAAAAAAUAUUAACUGCAAAUUUAAGAAAAAAAAACAUAACGAGAUGAAUCAUUUUUUAAUGAGAAUCAUUAAUAAUCACUAAUAAAUAUAUUGAGAAUGGAACAAAAAAAAUACAAAACUAACAGAUUUCAAGUAGAAAAUGUAGACAUUUUACGUAUGCAUAAACACAUGCGCACCCACUGACAAAAAAAAAAAACAAAA